AAUCUUCGCAUCUGGUUUGACGAGAUCCUGAAAAUAUUUUCUUAAUUUAUUUGCUAAACUUCUAGCUUCCUUCGCUGAAUUUCAAUGAAUUAGUAUCUAGUAGAAAGUAACAUCGGCUGCAGUACAUAGAAACAUGGAAUAUAGAUGGCAGCUGAUAGUUGUUUUCGCAGUAGCUUUGCUACAAUGUUGUAUGGUGCAAAGUUUUUACGUGCCCGGGGUGGCUCCGGUCGAGUUCCGAAAAGGGCUGAAAAUAGACGUGAAAGCGGUUAAGAUGACCAGUACCCACACGCAAUUGCCGUACGAGUAUUACUCGCUGCAGUUUUGCUUACCGAAGAAUGGGACACUGGUGUACAAGAGUGAAAAUCUCGGCGAGGUGCUUCGGGGCGAUCGGAUCGUAAAUACACCGUACGAAGUACGGAUGGCGGAAAAUGUUCGCUGUAAGCUGUUGUGCAAUAGCAAGGAUCGACCCAUGAACUGGGAUCGAGAGCAGUCGGAGAAGGUGGCCGAACGAAUUAGGCACGAAUAUUUUGUGCAUUUGAUCGUGGAUAACCUACCGGUGGCUACCAAGUUUGUGAAUCCGGAUACAAACGAACAACAGUUCGAGCACGGUUACCGUCUGGGGCAAGUGGACGGAAAUAAUGUGUAUAUCAAUAAUCAUCUCAAGUUCCGUUUGUUCUAUCAUAUGCACAGCGAGAAUCAAUAUCGCGUUGUAGGUUUCGAAGUGGAAACCUUAUCAAUUCAUAAGGAUCAACUUAGCUUCGAAGGUGAUACGUGCAGUUUUCCGGAGAGCCCUCGACCGCAACCGGUUUCAGUGCACGCGGGACAUACACAAUUAUUCUUUACUUACUCGGUCGAGUGGAAAGAAUCGUCGGUUAAGUGGGCAUCUCGGUGGGAUAUCUAUCUCGGCAUGAACGAUGUUCAGAUCCAUUGGUUCAGCAUCAUCAAUUCGUUGGUGGUGGUAUUUUUCCUCUCUGGUAUCCUAACUAUGAUCAUGGUGCGAACGCUUCGUCGAGAUAUUGCAAAGUACAACACCGACGAUAGUGUUAAUAUUGAGGACACUUUGGAAGAAACUGGCUGGAAGCUGGUCCACGGGGAUGUAUUCAGGCCACCGAGACAUCCAAGGCUGUUCGCUGCCGUUAUCGGUAGUGGAAUUCAGAUUUUCUUCAUGGCUAUGAUUACGAUCAUUAUUGCCAUGCUGGGAAUGCUCUCACCCUCGUCACGAGGCGCACUGAUGACGGCCGGCAUAAUGUUGUACGUGUUUAUGGGCCUGAUCGCAGGCUAUUUCUCCGCCCGUCUGUACAAGACAAUGAAAGGACGGAAUUGGGAGCGAGCUGCCUUUUUGACGGCUACCCUUUUCCCGGGUCUUGUGUUCGGUACCUGCUUUAUUCUCAACUUCUUCAUCUGGGAUCGUAACUCGAGCGGUGCAGUUCCUUUUGGCACGAUGGUUGCAUUACUUUGCCUAUGGUUCGGAAUCUCACUACCCUUGGUGUACUUGGGUUACUAUUUUGGAUUUAGAAAGCAGGCCUAUCAGCAUCCGGUGCGGACGAACAUGAUUCCAAGGCAAAUACCGCACCAGCAUUGGUAUAUGAACCUGGCGCUAUGCGUGCUGAUGGCCGGUAUUCUGCCAUUCGGAGCCGUUUUCAUCGAAUUGUUCUUCAUCUUUUCGGCCAUCUGGCAAAACCAAUUCUACUACCUGUUCGGCUUUCUGUUUCUAGUGUUUUGCAUACUGGUAGUCAGCUGUGGGCAAAUAUCGAUAGUAAUGACGUACUUUCAACUGUGUGCUGAGGAUUAUCGCUGGUGGUGGCGAAGUUUUAUCGUGUCUGGCGGGUCAGCUGUGUACAUUCUAUUUUACAGCAUAUUUUACUUUUUCACUAAACUGGAGAUUACGGAAUUUAUUCCCACCUUGCUGUAUUUAGGCUAUACCGGCUUGAUGGUAAUCACGUUCUACAUCCUCACGGGAACAAUCGGAUUCUUUGCCGCGUAUAGCUUUAUUCGCAAGAUUUACGGUGCCGUGAAGAUCGACUAAAAAGCUAUCACGAAAACAACCUUCAUCAGCAAUUAACAAUUACGAUCGAUAAUCGAUGCAUGAAUGGAUGAAUACGUUUUGGAGAGUGCAAAUACUGAUUUUUAUGAUGAGUGCAUGAAUGUGUGUGUGUAUAGGUGAGCGGUUUGCAUUAUCAUAGCAAAGAGUGCAACGAUUAGCUUUGUUCUUAACGAGCUAAAAUUCUCAUUGACACGUUUUAAUUAUUUUGCCAAACCACUGCUUCUCGAUAGACAACUAAAUUAUAUGUUAUAGGGGAAAUGGAUGUAAUGUCGGCCUAAAUGCCCCUAAUUUGGGCCCAUGCAUAAAAUCGGCAAUCGACUACAUUUUCAAUAGCGACCAAAAAUAUCCAUUAGUAGCGUCCCAAUGACGCGUUUAUCUAGAUAAAAUUGAUAAAUAGCAGAUUUUUAGCGAUGGGCCCAAUCUUAGAUCCAUAAGCCAACAUUAGAGCCAUUUCCCCUAUCUACUAUUUAAGCGGAAUGAAAAUAGAUCGAUGAACAUAAUGUGACUAAGUUUUAGAGGUGUUUGUAUGUUACUCAACAACUACAACUGGGAAAAGCAUCAGAAAGAUCAAUUCGUGGAAUACAAACAAUGAAAAUUAGGAAUUACAUUCAGUCUGAUAGGCUUAGUUAGUGGAUGUAAGAACGUCUCAACUAUAAAACUGAACAAAAACUGGAAAUAAACGAAAGUACUAUUAA